AUGAUGAUCCACGGCUUCCACAGCAGCCGCCAGGACUUCUCCUUCGGGCCCUGGAAGCUGACGGUGGCCAAGAUGCACGUCAUGAAGUCGGCUAAUGUGGAGAAAUUGGCUGAUGAGCUCCAUAUGCCAUCUCUUCUUGAAAUGAUGUUUGGAGACAAUGUUUUAAGAAUCCAACAUGUUUCUGGCUUUGGAAUUGAGUUCAAUGCAACUUAUGCUUUAAAGUGUGUAAACAACUACCCAGGAGUACUCAAGGUGGCAUGUGCUGGAGAAUGGGAAGAGAGCAGAACAAUGGGUGAACACUACAAAGAGAUUAUUAGACCAUAUGACUGGACCUAUACAACAGAUUACAAAGGAACAUUACUUGGCAAAGCUCUUAAGUUAAAGGUUGUGCCUAUGACAGAUCAUAUAGACACAGAGAAACUGAAAGCCAGGGAACAGAUUAAAUUUUUUGAAGAAGUUCUAUUGUUUGAAGAUGAACUUCAUGAUCAUGGAGUUUUAAGCUUAACUGUGAAAAUUAGAGUGAUGCCUUCUAGCUUUUUCCUGUUACUGAGAUUUUUCUUAAGAAUUGAUGGCGUGCUCAUCAGGAUGAAUGACACAAGGCUCUACCAUGAGGCUGACAAGACUUACAUGUUAAUUUGGGCUAUCCAGGGGUUAAGAUAG